AUGGAAAAGAUUAACAACAGCUUCUCAGAGGGCUUCGUUCUGAUGGGUGUAUCUGACCACCCCCAGCUGGAGACAGUUUUUUUUUUUUUUUUUUUUGUAGUCAUUCUUAUCUCUUACUUGAUGACCCUAGUUGGGAACUCAACCAUCAUCCUGCUUUCCCGCCUAGGUGCCCGGCUCCACACAUCCAUGUACUUCUUCCUCAGCAACCUCUCCUCCCUGGACCUUGCCUUUACUACCAGUUCUGUCCCCCAAAUGCUGAUCAAUUUAUAGGGCCCAGACAAAACCAUUAGCUAUGGUGGCUGUGUGACCCAACUCUAUGUUUUCCUUUGGCUAGGGGCUACUGAGUGCAGCCUACUUGUGAUGAUGGCAUUUGACCACUUUGUGGCAGUUUGCCGGCCUCUGCACUACACCACCAUCAUGAACCCUUGGCUCUGCUGGCUGCUGGCUGCCAUUGCCUUGUUGGGUGGCUUGGGCAACUCUGUGAUGCAGUCAACAUUCACUCUGCAGCUCCCAUAUGGGCACAGGAGGGUGGACAACUUCCUGUGUGAGGUGUCUGCCAUGAUCAAACUGGCCUAUGGAGACACCAGUCUCAAUGAGGCUGUGCUCAACAGUGUUUGCACCUUCUUUACUGCUGUGCCUCUAAGUAUCAUCCUGAUCUCCUACUGCUACAUUGCUCAGGCAGUGCUGAAGAUUCACUCAGUGGAGGGACAGGAAAAGGACUUUAAUACAUAUUUCUCCCUCUUGGUGGUAGGGUUCCUCUUCUAUGGCUCCACUAUCUAUGGAUAUCUGCUUCCAGCUGAGACCAGCAACCAGGACCAUGGCAAAUUCAUUUCUCCUUUCUACUCUGUGGUCACGUCCAUGGUGAAUCCUCUCAUCUACACUCUGAGGAAUAAGGAGGUUAAAGGGGCACUACGUAGACUGCUGGGAAAAGGAAGGGAAGUGGGCUGAGAGAAGAGAAAACUCCAUCAACUAUUGCCUCUUCAUUUCUGCACACUUUUUCUCAUGAGGAGUACCAGCCCUGGAAAAACCAGCCCAGUGAAACCAAGGCAUGUUCCCAACAACCAGGACAUGUUUGGUGUUAUUUCCAACGUUCUACACUUAUUUAUCAAAAUACCUACUGUGGACUCCAGGUAAUAAACAUACAUGU